AUGGCUUCAUCAACAAGAACAAUCCCCCAAUUCCUCCUCCCCCGAGGCAUCCCAACAACAACAGCAACCCUCCUGCGCACCCUCCGCACAACGCAAAAACGCACUCUCUCAUCCACCAGACAACCCCAAAAACAACCAGAAGGCUCCAAACACCACCUCCUCGAAAAGCCAGACAAAUUUCGUCCCCCCUCUCACCCAUCCCGCCGCGUCGUCCAAACCCGCAAUGGCCGAACCAUCCCCCGCGAUCCCAUCAACUACCCGGGUCCGAAACUCUCAGAAAAGGAAAUCGAAGAAGCCAAACGCCGACAGUACCCACACAUGUUUCCACCAGAGGGAACGCUGAUGUACAAGUUCCUAACAAAUAGAUGGAUCCACGUCUGGAUUGCAUUGGGUGUUCUUACUUCCUUGGCGACGUUUACGUUUACGACGACAUUUAAGCAUUCUUCUCCCUAUGCGCAUCUGCUGCCGCCUUGGUCGGCGCUGCUUUCGCAUCCGAUUGACACUGUUUCGCAGGUUGUUUCGGUUUAUAAGAUGCAUGUGCAGCAUACGUCUCUCGUGGCAAGGGAGCAUCGACAGAGACGGGUUGAGGAUGCGGAGAAGAGGAGAAGAUAUCGGAUUGCGCAUGGGUUGGAGGAGGAUUCGGUGGAAGAUGCUGCCAAGGGAAAAAGUGAGGCAGCUGCAGAUGUCGUUGAGGGUGACGAUCAGUCGCCUGUUGCUGUGGAGGCGCUUCCUACUCCUGGCUCGUCGGAGGAGGUGCAGGGUGAGUAUGUCGAUUGGGAGGGGAAGAAAAGGCCUGUUAAGAAGUGGUUUGGCAUAUGGUGA